UAUACGCGCAAGAACGCUAACAAAUCAGUUCUUUGUGUGUUGCUGCUGUCGUUCUUACUCGAGAAAGCAUCAAGACAACGUAAGAUAGAUAGACAGAAAGGAAGAGAGAGACAGGUAGACAGAGGUCUCAGCACUCAGCUGUUGGCUGAAUAGAAACGGUGACCGAGGAAUUUUAUUGUGUUGCUGGUUGAAUGUCAAUUCGUCAACAACUUGAAUCUGACAGCUGACACUGAUGGGACCACUCGCGUGCUGCCAGCUAUCCUCAGGAACACUGAAUCAAUUUCAUUUUCAUUAUUGGACCCGUCUUUGAGCUUUUAGCACAUUUAUUUAGAAAAGCACCAUGGGCAACUGCCUUAAUUGCGUCAGAGGUGGCCAGCAGGAUAACGCCAAUCUUCUCACUAGCGGGUCCGACCCCGCAGGUCUUGGCAUUACCGCAGCCUCUUCACAAGACAACCUCAGACAACACAGUCUGCCCGCUUAUAAUGAAAUGGCAGGCAAUUAUUAUCCAGCAGCUUCUACUAGAGAGCAUCAUCUGCAGUCUACAGAAAUGGGUAUGAACCAUGGCAUUGGCAUUGGAGUUGGUCUUGGAUCAUCAGGUGGAUCAAUUAUCAAUGACGAGGAGCAACAAAUACGAAUGGCUAAGCGCAUUGGAUUAAUACAGCAUUUGCCUACCAGAGAGUUUGAUGGUACCAAGAAAGGCGAGUGUGUUAUUUGUAUGAUGGAGUUGGUAGUUGGAGAAGAGGUGCGUUAUUUACCUUGCAUGCACACUUAUCAUGCUGUGUGUAUUGAUGAUUGGUUACUGAGAUCGCUCACUUGUCCUACUUGUAUGGAACCUGUGGAUGCAGCACUCAUCAAUUCUUAUCAUCCAACUACAUAAUAUCCAAAUGAGUGACUCAUCUAAAAGGAGUAGCAACUAAAUUUUUACAAUACAUUUCUCAAAUUUUACAAGGUAGUAAUUUUUUUAUCGUCAAAGCCAAGAUGUAAGUGUGCAGGCUAAUUAUGUUACAUCAUGCAAAUAACAAAAAUAGAAAUAUUUGUCAAGAAAGUUUGAUACAAUCAUUGUAAUACAUUUUUAGUAGUGCAGCUUUAUUUGAGACAUAGAUGUACAUACAUUUACAGCAGUUCUAUAAUGUUUGUAACUUCAACAUUAGACUGAAAAUUCAUAAGAUAAUUAUUACUUAAUGUUAAUUUAGUGCUUAUAAAAAUUAUUUGUCUUCACAAUUCCGAUUGAUUCUCUCUCUCUCUUUCUCUCUCUUUCUAGUUCUUAACAAUUAAAAAAAAUGAAAAAGAAAAAUAAUAAAUUUUUAAAGUAUGCAUGGUAUCAAAACUUAUUACUAUAAAAAAAAGUUUUUAACAGAAACAAUUACUUGAAAAGUAGAAAUUAAAAAAUAAUAAUAAAAGUUUAAUACAUUAUACGCAAACAAGAUUUGUGGAAUAUGAAGUACUAUUGUGAUGAAAUAUUUGUUUAAAUAAAGCUAUCACAAAUUUGAAACACAAUCAAUACUUGCGCGAUUUAUAUUUUGUAUAAUAUUAGCUAAUUUAAAAUACAAAAAUAUUGUCUAUACUUCCAUUGUUAACAUCAAGAAGUUAAUGGAACAAAGUCAAUAGUGCUAUUAAUUACUUAUACUUUAGCAUGCUUUUUUGUUAAAAAAUAUAAUCAUCUGAAUAAUAGUAUAACCUUUGGAAAAAUAAUUAAAAGUUAUAUUUUUGAGCUAUUAAGAUGUAAUUAGAUAUUUCAUCAAUAAGCCAAAAAAAUAAUAUAAUUUUUUAAAAGCAAACUGUACUAUAUGAGAAAAAAAUAUUAUCUCUGAUGCAUAUGUCUACAAUACAGAUAUGAGUACUGAGUAUACCUGUUUAAUAUUUAGGCGAAUGUACAUUAUAAUAUAACUAUUUUAAAUAACUAAUCAGGGGAUUAAGAAAAAGCUCUAAGUGCUUUGAAAAAAUUUAAUCUGAUUUGAAAUUUGGUAAAAAAUGAAAUAUUAUGUGAUGUGAUGUGACAUUGAAUGUUUUAGUGCAAUUUUGAUUUUGUUAGUAAGUCUUACAAAGAUUAUACCUAUAUACAUUAUGAAUAAGUAUAAGAAUUUGACAAUGUUAAGAUGGCUUAACUCAAGUUCAUCUAAGUGUAUCCACAUAUUUGAACUUCAUUGCAUAAUGUGCGUAUUUAGAAUAGAUUAAUUAAAACAUCAAGUUUCUUUUUAUUGUUUACUGAUACAAAUGGAGCUGUGACAUAGUGAUUUAAUGAUGAAACAUAUAUAACAUAACAAUUAGUCAUUAAAACAAAACAAAAUAAUGUAGUUUUUUUAAUUUAUUUACAUAAUGGUUGUACAUUAUAGAUGCUAAAUUGAUUUUCUUUGAAAACUUUAUAAUCUUUUGAAGAUGAAUUAAAAAGAUAUUAUUUCCAUAUGUAUAGUUAAAAUUAUUUAGAAAAUAAAAUUUUU